CUGUGAUUAUGUCUGUUGAAAUUGGUUUGUUAUUAUUCAAUUAUAUGGUUUUUACUUGUGGAUCUUUGUUAUUUAUUUGAUUAUAAUUAUUUCUUCUGGAGAUCUUAGGCCUCCAGUUUCUGAUAAGACCACAUUUCAACUGUUUUGCUACGGAAAUCUGUGCGUAACCUUAAUGAAUACAAUGCCGACGAUUUUCGAGAACCCUUGUUUUUAAAUAAUGGAUUCGAAAAAAGAAUCUACUUCAAUGAGGAACAUACAGGAGCAGGAAAUUAUUAAUGUAGAUUGUAAUUCUAGUAAAAGCACCUUAAAACAUCAAGGGCAGGGUGAUGGCGAUGAAGAAGUGUGCGCACCAAUGUCAAAUGAAAUAUCUUUCGCAAAUGUUCCGAGUUCGGCUAAUAUAAAUUCUGCAUCUUGUAACGAGCGCAGUGACGAACAGAUUAAUUCAUCAGAAAAGAAAGAUGGUCCAAAUGAAGCGGCCAACAAAAAUUCGGGUAAAAUACCUUGUAACGCAACAAGUUCCCAAUUCGGAAAACAAGUUGCAGGCAGCAGCAAAUGUGCUCUAAACUUGAAUAAAAGCGUGUCUCAAUGUGAAAAGCCCUGCAGCCAAGUAAACAAUACGUGCGCGACAAAGCCUAAUUUAUUGUGCGACAUCAAUGAACCUUCAACAAGUGGUAUUUCUGUCCCUUCUUCAAGUAAAUUAGAGCCGAUGCCGAGCAGUAGCGAAACAAAAGACAAGAAAAGACCAUCGAGUUUAAGGCUAAAAAGGCCAAUCGUGGAUGGUGAAGAUAGUUCCAGUGAUACAGGAAAUGAUGACUAUUCAUUGGGAUCCGAAGAUGGAUGCAUCUAUACAUACCGGGGUGUCAUUCCCGCAGCUAUGCCAGCUGGACCUCAACAGGCUGCACCCAACCCAAGAGCUCCUGGUUCGAGAGUAUCAAGCCCCGACAUGGACUUUUUAGAAAUGGACUUUGAUCCUGGACCAUCCUGCGAGGCAGACACCGGUGAUGAGUCAACACCAGAAGCAGAUAUUGAAGUAGUAAGUGUGCCUGAAGCUAACGAGCAUGCUAUAAGGGGCACAUCACCUGAAUAUCAACCAGGUGUUGCACAACCUCACUCAAUAAAUAUACCUGUAGCUCCAGGCAGCAGUAAAAAGACAUCAAUUUUUGACUUACCACCACUUGAGAGUGAGACUGAAACUGUGCCAGAAAACACUAUUGUUGUUAAGAAGAUAAGAAGGACACACACAGAAUACAUACAACAUGUGAAUGUGAGGGGUGAAAAGCUACGAGUUCGCAGAACCAUGUGUCACUGGCUUGAUACUAAACCACCGGGAGUUCACGGGUCUAGUGGGGAUUUGAUAUCAUCUAAGGACCUCACUAACCUUAAUGAAGAACAGAAGAAUGAAAGUAUGGUGCAUCAGACAAACCAGGGUGAAAAUACUACCUUUGAAACUGUUAAUUUGACACCAGCAAUGUAUCAUGUAAAUAUGGCUAAAAAGCUUAUUGACGACAAACCAAAUACUGAAGAAGGCCAAAGUUCAUAUUUUAGUGUGGAAGAAGAACCGAUGCCAGGACCAUCGCAGAGUAGCGAGCCUUGUGUAGAACCACCUAGGUGCAUGGUGUGGUCUGAGCGGGAGGCGUGCGAGCAACAAGUUACCCAGAUCGGCACUUCUGCCUGUGGUGCAACUGCUGUUGUUAAUGUGUUUAUUGCAUUAGGAGUUCCCGUUGAUAUAGAAAGAAUCAAUCUAGCAGUUGGAACCAGACAGAGGGCAAAUAACGCACCAAUACCGAGGUAUCUGCUAUCGAGGUCGGUAGCUGGUUGCAUAGCAGCCGAUAUAGUAACGGGAAUCCAAAAGGCAUCUGAUGGUCUGGUUACUGCUAGAUUCUUCCCUACAUACCCUGAGCGUAGCCUCUCGUUGUCGCAUUGGCUUGCUGAUUGGAUCUCGCUUGGUGCAGUGCCAAUACUGACUCUGAACCUGCAGCAGGGCUGCGAGGGUGAGAUACCCGACGCUUGGCACCACCAAAUGGUAUUCGGGGUAUCACCUCGAGGGAUCUACCUAUGUAAUCCAGUGGAGUGCGUGCCAGAGAACAUACUGUGGUCCCGUCUUGUGUCCCCUUCGGUACUGCUGGUCCGCUCCAGGGAUGUGAUAUCUCGCUUCAACCAGGAGACUGACAUGUCUCCGCUCACUGCUGUGCCUGAUGUGCGCUUCAAUAAGAUGAAUGUGCUCGGUCAAGUGGCGAACGUGCUCCGCGAGUGGCGGCACGCGGGCUGCCCGGAGGCCCCGCCCCGCACGCGGCACGUGCGCGUGCCGGCCGCGUACCAGGCGGGCGUGACACUCGCCGCGCUGACCGGCUCGGAGGCGCACCGCCGCCUCGCGCACGCGCCGCCGCCGCCGCUGCACGCGCCGCGAGACACCGCCUGAGACUGGCGGCUCCUGAUUCACAUCACCAUGGUGAAUCGGAGGCCAGCAGAACCACAAGACAAAGAAUAAAGGACAUAAUUUUACAGAAAAUAAAUUGUGUGUGAAAAUGAUUAUGUCCCAAAACGACCACUAAUACAUAAUAUUAUAUACAAAGUACCACCGAAUUUUGUUUAAUAGCAUUACUCGAUUGUAUACUCAUCAUGGAUUUCUCGAAAACAUUGUAUAAUUAAGAUUUAGGUACAUUUAAACUAACGAAAGAUAUACAACUUGAUAGUUGGUGCGUAAUGUUAGCCUAAAAACUAAAUUAUAGACAUUAAAUGUCGUAAUUAUUAUCAAUUAAGUGCUUGAAAUUUUCGGCAAAUUACUUCAAUGUUAGUGCUGAAAAUCUUUGAACCAAUGCACGAAUGGAUUCGAACAAAUGAUCCUCGAAGGUCAUACCUCAUUCCAAAGAGAUCUAAAAUUGGUUUGAGUGUAACGUGUUUCCUGAGGUCUAAUUUAGUCAUAGUAAUUCUAAUUAAGGCCAAAUACGAUUUAAUCCUUAAGUGUAUUACUAUUUUAGCUUGGUUUUAUUACAAAUUGCAAUGUAUGUCUGUUUAUAGGGAUGUAAUGACUCGUCGUAAUUAUUGUAUAUGAAAAUCCCUAUAUACUUUAAAAUAUAAUUUUCUGUACAAGUCUAGUCCUGUAACUCAGACGGACUCGGGUAUCCGAAUAGUUUAUUUUCCUAUGAUAAACUAUUCUUAGAGUUUAACUUUCGUAUUAGGAUAAUAACUAAUAAAUAAUAAUAUAUUUAAUCAUAGACAAUUGAAUAAGUUUUUACUAAUACAUUUUGGCAGCAAAAAGCCAAAAGACUACAGAAGCGAGUUGUAUAUUUUUCAUGGUAAUGCGCAAACCGAUUCGUAUUUUAUCUAUAACAUACAUGGUUUUAGUGUAAGGGCUUUAUAUAAUUUUAUCGCUCAAAUAUUCAAGGGUGUAUUAUAUUAUUGACACGCUGUUUUAUUGCUUUAUCUGCAUUGACUUGGUUUUUUAGUACAGGUACACAGUCCACAGAAAUGAUAGUUUCUGAAAUAAUUCGUAGCAAUUUCUGAAAAAAAUUCGCACUGUUUCUGCUACAUUGAAUAUUUCAAUUGACUGAUUUAACCUCACCUAUUUUACUAAAUAAAAUUACUUUUGCAUUUGAACGCAUCUGAACUCUCAAGCACUUAAAGACAAAAUAACACUCAUUUAAAGUUUUCGAGCGCUUAAACAAGAGUUGCAUGUCGAGUGAGUAAGAUGACAAUCUAUUAGAUCCUUUCGCCCGUUCCUAUCGGCCUAUCCUCCGUUUAAUAAUUAAUUCCAAUGCAUAUAAAGCAAUAAAUUUAAUUUAAUAAAAAGUUACAAAAAUUGUGAUCGGCUAAAUUUUAUUAGCCACGUGUAAAUAAGUGUGUAUGGAUACGAUAUAAAAUAUAUAGAUAAACAUUAGAAAAUUGGUGCUUACUAGUCAAAAUUAUAUUAGCACACGUAUAUUGUCAUUCGAUACAUUUAUCGUACGUUUAUCAGUGAAAUACACUAAUUUUACCACGAGACCUGUAAGUCUUCAAUUAACUUGGAUUAAGUCUCUUUUCACUCUAAGUAUGGUGUAGGUUUUCUAAACUACGUGUAUAUGCAAUUUUAACGUAUAAAAAUAAUAUGUACCGUAUUUCGUAGAGGAUCAACUUAUUUAAGAAUACAUUUUGUGUCACACGUAAGGUUUAUUAUAAGGGCAUUGCUAAGGCAAAAAUAACCUCUAUUGUAUGUGGAUUAAGGGUGAAAUUGUGAUAAAGUAUCUUCGAGUCGAUUGACUUAUCUGACUAACAGUUUCAUCGCAUAAGAGCUAGCGCGCACGAGCAACUUUGUCUCCGCAACUAUUUAGUCUCUCCCAUCAACUCUAUGGGUUAGUAUGAAAGUGCGCGCACGUAGCGACGCAACUCCCCAUAGAGUUGAUGGGAGAGACGAAAUAGUUGCGGAGACAAAAGUUGCUCUUGCGCGCUAGUUCUAAUUGCGACUAAUCGUGAAAAUGUAUAAACUAUUAUAUUCACUUUGUGUUGCGCCAUUUAUCUUGUGUCACUGUAUAGUGCGUAUUAUUAUAGGAUAAAGUUACAUUUAACUAUAAAUUGUAUAUUCAUAUUACAUAUACCAAUGUAGUUGUAGAUAGUAACCUAAAAGGCGAUACAUGUAUUUAUUUAUUUUAUUUGGAUAUUGUAGCAGUAUCACGUAUCAUGUUAUUUUAAACAAACUCUGUGUAAGUGUCUAAAAUUGUAUUCUUCUUGAGACCUGACGUCGAUAUGAAUGUAAUAGCUAUUAUAUAUAACAUUGUAUUUUUGAAUAAAUGGUAUAGAAUGAA